AUGAACUGCUUCAUGUGGGUGUUCUACGCCAUGCCAUUCGUCCAUCCGCACAGCGUUCUCGUCAUGACCAUUAACUCUCUGGGCAUUAUCUUGGAGCUCUCCUAUCUCGCCGUCUUUUUCUACUACAAUAACGCCAAAACCCGGGGGAAAAUGGCGGGUUUGCUCGUAGUAGAACUCAUAGCUCUUGCUGGGAUAGUUGCCGGCACUCUCAUGGGCGCGCACACAAUCGACAAGAGAACCACGAUUGUGGGUUCGCUGUCUGUUGUGUUUGGCAUCAUUUUGUAUGGGUCGCCGCUCUCCAUAAUGAGGACGGUGAUUAAGAGCAAGAGCGCGGAGUACUUGCCGGGUUGGCUCAUCGCUUCGGGGUUUAGUAAUGGAAUCAUCUGGGCAGCCUAUGCUUGCAUUAGAUUCGACAUCUUCGUGUUCGUCAGCAAUGGCGUUGGGGCCUUAUUGUCUUUAGUCCAGAUUAUCCUCAAGAUCAUUUACCGCAACGCUCCAAAGCCUGCAGAUACCAAGCCAACAUCGCAGGUGAAGAUCCAGAAUGUGGUUUAA